AACGAGACGAUUAUUCUUGCAGUGCAUCCAGAUCGACUGCGCUGUGCCGUGCAAUUUUUGCAACGCACCACGGCAACGGUCUCCGCCUUAAAGAAGCGUUCCAUGGACUUCUCCGGGAAACUACAUUACCCAGUGAUCACUGCGGUGCUCGUAGGAAGGACGUCUGCGCACUAAGAUACUCAGAUCCAAGUUUGGAGCUUUUAGCUGCCAGCCCUGGCCCAUCAUGUAGGUGCAGCAGAGCCUUCCCUUCCAUUGCAAUUGGGAAAAAAAAAUUACUUUGUAAUCUGUUUUGCAAGGUGUGCAAUUGCACCGCCCCUCUCUGCAAAGAGAUCUGCUGCAGCAAGUCAGAAAAACUCCAGUUGCAUGAAGAUUGAGCGUUUGCAGUUUGCAUCUUUGUUGCAAAACUAGCUACAGAAAAGAGGCAAGGCAAAGUCUUUUGUGCUCCCCUCCCCCAUCAAAGCAAAGGGGAAAAUGUCUCAGCCGAGAGGCAAGAAGAGAAACCCUGGGCUGAAAAUUCCUAAAGAAGCAUUUGAACAACCACAGACAAGCUCUACGCCCCCUAGAGAUUUAGACUCCAAAGCCUGCAUCUCUAUUGGCGAGAAGAACUUUGAAGUGAAGGCCGAUGACCUGGAGCCAAUCUCUGAACUGGGCCGAGGUGCGUACGGGGUGGUGGAGAAGAUGCGCCACAUGCCUAGCGCACAGAUCAUGGCGGUGAAGCGGAUCCGAGCCACAGUGAAUAGCCAGGAGCAGAAGAGGUUACUGAUGGACUUGGACAUCUCCAUGAGGACGGUAGACUGCCACUUCACAGUCACUUUCUAUGGUGCACUCUUUCGAGAGGGAGAUGUGUGGAUUUGCAUGGAGCUGAUGGAUACCUCAUUGGACAAAUUCUACAAACACGUCAUUGACAAAGGCCUGACGAUUCCUGAAGACAUCUUAGGGAAAAUAGCCGUCUCUAUUGUAAAAGCACUAGAACAUCUACAUAGUAAGCUCUCCGUAAUUCACAGAGAUGUAAAGCCCUCUAAUGUGUUGAUCAAUACACAGGGGCAGGUGAAAAUGUGCGAUUUUGGAAUUAGCGGUUACCUCGUUGACUCUGUUGCUAAAACCAUGGAUGCAGGAUGCAAGCCCUACAUGGCUCCUGAAAGAAUCAACCCCGAGCUAAACCAGAAGGGAUACAGCGUCAAAUCGGAUAUCUGGAGUCUGGGAAUCACCAUGAUCGAGCUGGCGAUCCUGCGGUUUCCGUAUGACUCCUGGGGGACGCCGUUCCAGCAGCUCAAACAGGUGGUGGAGGAGCCAUCGCCGCAGCUUCCGGCGGACAAGUUCUCAGCAGAGUUUGUUGAUUUUACCUCACAGUGGUGGCUUCCGGCAAGAGAAGAUUCAGAAAUGCACGUACCCCAGGCCCUGCAUAUCAGCAGCUCGCACUGUUUUCCUGUGCACGGACACGUGAGCCUGAGUGAACCUUCCCUUGAAGAAGAAUUCCAAAGAACGGCCGACGUACCCAGAGCUUAUGCAACUCCCUUUCUUCACCCAGCACGAAUCCAAAGAGACAGACGUGGCUUCUUUUGUAAAACUCAUCCUGGGAGACUGAGAAAUGGACUUGUACAUGAUUUGCCCUUCUGUGGACUGGUGCGUUUAGGGGAAGAGAUGUGUGGCGGGGCUUGGUCACGAAAGCACCAAUAGAAAGUCGCCUUUUUAAAAAAAAUUUAAAAUCCUCGCCUCUCCAGUGUUUUAAAGGGUUCUUUGGUAUCCAUAGUGACAUAGAGAGAACUGGUUAGUGAAAUGAAUUUUAAUAAGGUUGGCACUCUUCAAACAAAUGAAAUAAUUUUUAACAAGGGUGAUUGAAAUAUUUAAUGACAGUCAAGAUUCCUCCUGCCCCAACUUUCUCCUCAACCCCCUUCCCUUGUUUCUGUCAAAUUGCUUUUGUCAUGGUAAUAGGUGCUAUGGUAGUCAUGAAGUUGUAUGUAGAUUUAUAUUUUGUCCCUUCCAUUAUUUUAAUAUUUAUGUUAAGUGCUUGA